GUUGGCCAUGACGUCACAGUUGGAAGGCGAAAGUUGAACGGCGGAGUUUCAACGGCCGCUUGUUCUGCAGAAUUGCACAAAAAUCCAUAAUUCAGAAGGUGUAUUUCCUUAUUGUUGUGCUGUGUGCAUGCUCAAGUGCUAGAUUGAGUGUUAAUUGAGUAUUGUGUAGUGAGAUAUUGCGAGAAUGAGUAGAUUUGAGGUCAGAGUCACUCCGACACGGGUGAAAAUUGCCAGAAAGAGAGAUGAAGCCCGAGAACCCACACUAGUCACAAUGGGGCCCUUUUCCACGAAAUCCAUCGUGACUUUUGAAGACAUUCCCGUGAGCAAAUUGGCCAGACGCGUCCUAUGCAUUGAAAAUCCCUCCCCCUUGGAAACUAAAGUUCUCGUCACCAAAACGUGCAAGCCAGAGUUCAAUAUCCAACUCGAGUGGACUUCUAGCAUGAUUGAGGGGGCAGGUAACAAAACCCUGGAGAUUGUCUGGAUCCCGCCAAAAGCUGUAGCUUGCAGGGAAACUAUUCAAUUUACGGAUAGUCGAGGUUUCCGGAAGGAUGUUGCGGUGAUUCUAAAGUCCGUGGAACAACGAAAAGGCCUCAAAAAACCAUUAAAAUCCCACAAUGCUCCCGUGCAGAAGAAGACAAAGAACAAGACUCCAACUCCUCCUCGACAAAUUGUCCGGAAGACUGCCUUCAGUCCAGACAUGGUCAUAAAGUACAAGGCAAAGUCUCCCAGACUCAGAAAAAUUAUCUCGCCUCAGAAGAAAAUGCGCUCAACGAACAAAGAAAAUCUCCAACCAUCAACAUCUCCCGACAUUUCCAGCAUUAUCGAUCAGAUCAAUUUUACUCCAGUCACAGAGUCAAAGCCAGCUGGCAAAAGCUACAUCGACUAUCUGGCAUCUCUGCCGACACCUGUUGCUGGAGCAUCGGGAAUUCAGCGCAAGAUUGUGUGGUCGCCAGAAGAGCAAGAAGAUGCUCGGAUGGAGAUUCAACCGCGUCAGCUACUGUCCGUCCCGCCAGCAGAAGAAUUCGCUCGCUUGAGCACAGAGACUUACGUCAAGGGGCCUCAUAGCCCUAAAGAUUCCUUUGAAGACUGCGCCGCGGAUGUCCUGGACAUCGCUCUGGAGGAGCCCAUCCCAGAGUCUCAUAAGACUUUCGAUGUCACCAAGAGAAUUGAGAUACCAAGUUAUAGUAGUAAGGAAGAAUUGUCUCGGCAAGUGGACAAUAUUGUGCUGACGCCCCUUAGGAAGAUCAUCACGUCGGAGUCUAUGAAGAAUUUGAGUGGACAGAGUAGGGAGCAGGAAUAUCUGAAGCUCAAUCAGGGUUCUAUGCCGAAUUUGCAUGAGAUUGAAAAGAUCAAUUCAAUUGAGAACAAUAGGUAUUUUUUUGCUGGGAGUGAAGUGGAAUUGCUGAAUGUGGAGGAAAGAGUCUCAACAAUUGCCUUUCAUGUCAAUGAGAUUCGGGCUCAAUCUAGCCAGGUGAAUCUCCAUGAAGUAGAAACUGAAGUAAGUCCAAUUGGUCAGGAGACUGAGGAAUUGUUCAAAGUGCCGCAAUUAAAGAGAAACCGAGAUCAUUUGGUAUCGUCAAAUGUUGAAGUCAGAAGUUCCCUCAUGACUCUGUCGCCUCCUAAAAAAUAUCGUCCGGAUGAUGUAUGCUCAGCUCGAGCUUCCAGUGCUGACGGUCUGUCCGUCAAAACUUGGUCACGCUACCAACCGAAAAAACUCAAACCAUUGACCUUGCAAAAGGCCAAAACACCUCAGAAAUCAGCUCCAGAGGAGCGAGAAUUCACACAAAUCUACGAUGUCAGAUGCUUAAGGAGUGUUGUAAAUCCGGAUCCCUUUGCGGCUACAACAACUUGCGAUCCCUUCCUCUCAGCCACAAUUUUCCUGGAUGACGAGGCUGUGGAGAAGCAUGAGAAGCAUUUCAAGAAGUGGCUCAAUGCUCUGGUCACAGUUCCUGAGGAAUUGGAUGGAGCUGAUCAGAAGAUUGACGUUGCUCGGUUGUUCAAUGAAGUCAAAAACAAGGAACUGACCCUGGCGCCGACAAAGGAGAGCGUUUCAGCAAAGUACUUCAUCAAAUACCGCCUUGAGACUCUUCGGAAGGCAGCCUUUGAUCUCUACCAGAGUGAGGAAGUCCAGCAAACUCUGUCAUAUGUCACUGUUUUGGUGGAGAAGAAGCAACUUACAAUCCAGCAGAAUCGUGAUUUGCACAAGGAUCUCGCAUUACAGCGUCAAAUCCUUGAGCUCAUUUUCUGCUUCAAUCCCUUGUGGUUGCGAAUUGGUCUUGAAGUGGUGUUCAAUGAGAAAAUUGAGCUCAAUUCAAAUCGUGACAUUCAUGGGCUCACAAAUUUCAUUCUAAAUCGUCUGUUUCGCAACAAAGCAUUGGAGAAGAAGGGUAAUCGUAGCUAUGCCCUGUCCAAUGAGUAUGGGACAAAAAUUAAGAAAUUUGCUCUGAAGCAGCUGUACCAUUUAAUUUAUCUGUUGGACAGAGCUAAACAGAAGCGUAUUAUUAAGCACAAUCCGUGUUUGUUUGUUAAGGGAGCACGGUACAAGGAGUCUAUGGAGAUUAUGACACAAAUCUCAUCACUUCUUGUGACCAAUAUUGGUGACAUUUUGCGGUAUUUGAAGAGAAUUGGAUAUGUUUUGGUGCACAAACAAACCUAUCUCGAUGAAUUUGAUUAUGCCUUUGGCAAUUUAGCUACAGAUCUCAGGGAUGGAAUAAGGUUGACGAGGGUGAUGGAGGUGAUUCUUAUGCGUGAGGAUUUAUCAAAGAAUUUACGCUAUCCGGCUAUUUCGCUGCUGCAGAAGCGUUAUAAUGCUGAUGUGGCUUUGGCGGCACUCACAGAAGCGGAAUUUGAGAUUGUGGGAAAUAUAACGGGGAAGGAUAUUGCAGAGGGACAUCGUGAGAAGACUCUGUCACUACUGUGGCAGAUUAUUUAUAAAUUUCGUGCACCAAAAUUCAAUGCAGCAGCCACAACAAUUCAGAAAUGGUGGAGGAAUUCGUGGUUGAAUGUGGUGAUUCGGAGGAGAAUUGAGUAUCGCAAAGAGAUGCAUCGGCAUCAAGCUGCAAUGGUUAUUCAGAGUGUUUUCCGGGGAUAUCUGGCUAGGAAGGGUUAUAGGGUGUUUCGUGAGGAGAGAAUUGUGGCAGCAAUAGUCAUUCAGACGUACUACAGAAGGUUUUCAGCUGAGAAGAAUUAUGCAAGAAUUCGUUGGGCAGUGACAACGGUACAGAGAUGGUGGGUGUCUGUCCGAGCUGUAAAGAGGGAUCGUGGUAAAUUUCUGCAGACACGUGCAGCCACCAUCAAGAUACAGACAUGGUAUCGACGUGUGCAGAUGGCAAAAAAGCUAGUGGCUGUUGCCAGGGAGAGAAAAUUGGUGAAAAAGAGUGUCAUUGUUAUUCAGAGGGCUGUUAAAUCCUAUCUCAUCCGUAAGCGUCUACGUGACACGGUGGAGAAGGUGGUGAAAUUCAAUCGACAGCAGAAAUUGGAGCAUAAUGCUGCCACAGUCAUUCAAUCGCAGUGGCGAAUGAUACGAAUGCGGAGGGACUUUGUCACACUUAGAAAUGCUACUAUUGGCAUUCAGAAGAUAUGGAAGAGGCGACAAUUAGCUAAAAAUGACCACAAUCAAUUUCUCAAGAUCAAAGCAUCAGCUAUUACCCUUCAGCGACGUUGGAGGGCUCAGAGAGCCAUGAAAUUGCAAAAAAUGCAAUUUGUUGAAAUAAAAAGGGCAACAAUUGUUCUACAGCGUCGAUUCCGGGCACUUAGAGCCAUGAGAACUUCCAGGGAGACCUUCCAAAUCCUCAAAAGCACCACAAUUCUUAUACAAAGAAAAAUCCGCGCGAAUCUUGCCAUGAAACAUUCCCGGAAAGAUUUUCUCAUGAAGAAAAAUGCAGCAGUAACCAUUCAGAGAUUCUUCCGGGCCAGAAAAUUGAUGCUUAAGCAUCAAUUUGAGUUGGUUUGCCUCCGGGAGUCUACUUUAACAAUUCAGCGAUUUUUCCGAGGGUAUUUGCUCAUGAGAACUCAAAGGAGGGAAUUUCUACAGCUGAAAAAAGCAACAAUGACCCUACAAAGGCACUUCCGGGCUAAACAAUUAAUGAAACAAGAGAAAUCCCACUAUCAAGCCCUAAAGAAAGCCACUAUCGUCAUCCAAGCCAGAUUCAGAGCCCAACGGGACAUGAGAAAGACAAGGAAGGAAUUUUUGAGGAAAAAACAAGCCGCUCUGGUGAUUCAGAGAAGUUUCAGGGCGACUAAAUUGAUGAAGUAUCAGAGGAUGGAAUUUAUCAAUUACCAGUACUCCACGAUUCUCAUCCAGAGAUAUUUCCGGGGAUGGCGGAUGAUGAUGAAUACAAGAGCUGACUUCCUCAUAAAGAAAUCUGUAGCUAUUGCAAUUCAAAGGCGCUUCAAAGCUCAGAAAUCCAUGAAAAAUGCUCGUAGGGAAUUUUUGGUGAAGAGAAAAGCCAGUAUAUGCAUCCAGAAUUGGUGGAGAGCUACUCAGAUUAUGAGAAAAUCAAGAGAAGAUUUUCAAAAGCUGAGAAAAACUGCCAUUUUUGUUCAGAGAUCCUUCCGGGCUAAGCAAAUGAUGAGGAAGCAUCGCAGUGAUUUUCAGAGACUCGUCGGAGCUUCUCUGAAAAUCCAGCGAACUUGGAGAGCAAAGAUUGCCAUGAGGAAGUCAUUUGUUGAGUACAGUAAAGUCAGGAAAGCCACAAUCGUCCUCCAGAGAAGAUUCAGGGCAAGGAGAGCAAUGAUUGAGCAACAGAAGAAGUACAAAGAGAUGAAAAAUGCCUCAGUGGUCAUUCAGAGAAAAUGGAGGGCUACUCUUGCAAAGAGAAAGCAAAGGGAGGAAUUUUUGCAGCUGAAGUGUGCAACAAUGACUAUACAGAGGAAGUUGAGAGCGACAUUUGAGAUGAAGAGAUGUCGUGGGUGGUUUAUUGAGGUAAAAAGGGCUGUUGUAGUUAUCUCAGAGCGUUGGCGGGCUACUCUGUUAAUGAGGAGGCAGAGAAAGGAAUACCUUCAAGUGCGACAGCAUAUUGUACUCCUUCAGACUCAAUGGCGAGCAACUCUGAUGAUGCGGCAGGUGCGGAGGGAGUAUGAAAAUAUUAAUAAAGCUGCAAUAACCCUUCAGAGGCGAUUCCGUGCAAAAAGAGCCAUGGAAAGUGCCAGGAGAGACUUCCAAGCCCUCAGGGAUGCAACAAUUGUCUUCCAGAGGCGCUUCAGAGCUCAAAAACUCAUGCAGGAAACUCGUAAGGACUUCCAGAGCCUCCUUCAAGCCGCCAUUCUAAUCCAAAAGCGAUUCCGAGAGAAGAGACUGACUACAAAUACUAGGGAGGAAUUCCUUACUAAGAAAUCUGCCGUCAUAACUAUUCAGAAGCAUUUCAGGAGCUUCCUGGAAAUGCGUAGGCAGCGAAAAGAGUAUCAGAGAAUCAAGCAAGCAACUGUGAUACUCCAGAGAAAGUUCAGAGCCCAUAUGCAGAUGAAGAAGAUUCGCUGUCAGUAUCUCUUAAUAAGAUCCCUCGUGAUCUGUCUUCAGAGAAAAUUCCGCGCCAAAAUGGCCAUGGAAUAUGCCCGGAAGGAUUUCUUGAAGCUCAAACGCGCCACAAUUCUCAUUCAGAGACAGUUCCGUGCCAAAAUGUCGGCUAGGAAACUCAGGGAAGAAUUUAGUAGCGCCAAGAGGAGCAUUGUGAAAAUUCAAGCCCUGGCCAGAGGAUUCCUGGCCAGGAAGCGUUUUGCUGAGCUAAUGACGCCUGAGGCAAUUGAAAUGCGGCGUCGGGUGAAGGCUGCAAAGACCAUUCAGUCCGUCUGGCGAGGCUAUGUAACACGUAAAAGGAAACAGACCAGAUCCAUGAGGGAGAUUGCUGAGAAAAUUGUCAACACGAGAAAGAUGGCAAAGCCUACGGACACCGUCAGGUACCACCUUCACAUGGCUAUGCGGGUGCUCAAGGGGAGCUUCGGAGUGGCUGAAAUAAGUCGUGUUCUCGCGAAGAUGGAAAAUCUCUCUCGAAGUGUUCCUCAUGUUCUGAUACCGAAUGCUCGCUUUGUGGCCACUUUCUGCUGUUCUGUGAUGGCCGAAGCCAUUCGAUCGGAACCCCAUAAAUUAAUCAUCGAAAGCUGUGCUCGAGUUAUGUUGAAUCUUGCUCGCUAUGAGCAUACAGUUGAGAUUGUCUUCCUGCCAGAUGCCUUCACAAUUAUUGCCCAGAUGCUGCUCCGUUGGUCCGAUAAGCAAUGUGGGAUCUUCAACACUCUCUGCACGUUGAUCUGGGUAUUUAUCCAGGACCCCAAAAAGAAUAGGAAAAUCCGUGAAUUCAUGGUGACACGCGAGGCUUUCUUCAUGUUGAGGGAGAUUAGGAAGUUGGUGAUACGUAAGGAGAACAUGAUGAGGAAUGUGCAGCGUGGAGUAGAUUUUCGCAAUCAGGUUGAUCAGCAAAUGCUGAAGAAAUUGCCAACUCUCAAGCCAGAUUAUGGUGUUAUCAGGAAUCAAGUGUAUGUGUUCAAUUGUUCAGUUUUUGCCUUCGAAACGAUUCUCAGUAAAAUGAACAUCAGCAUCAAGCCAUAAGGGGGUAGGGGACAAUGGACAUUUUUUUUAGUGUUUGUGAAAUUUAAGAAAAAUUACUAAAAGACAAUAACUUUAUUGAAUUUAUAUUCUUUGCAGUAUGAUCUUUAAUUAUAUUCACCUUCUCAUUUGUAAUCUAAAUAUUAACAUUACAUGGUUAUUAAAUAAAUUUUUUCAUGUUUUUUGCAA